AUGCGGCAAUGGGCAUAUGCGGAGUUGGACUCGACCCCCUCCGGUCGUUCCUCUGGAAAGCGACGCGCGCGCGCCAGUGGAACUAUGUCGCUGCAGGAGCUCUCGGCGAACACCCUGCAGCUUUAUCUUCGCUCACCAGGGGACGAUGAUGCCCCGCCCGUUCGUUUGUCGCGGCACAUUCCCCAGCGUGAGGGAGUGGAUAUGGCUGUAUCAGCCUACAACCUAACCAGCGCCAGCACGACCACACUCCCCAUGCCUUCUGUCACGGCUGCAGCAGGUGGAGUAGGAGUUGGGAGCGGCAGUGGGGGAUUGCCACUUCCGCACUCUACUGUGACGUCUCACUCCAGCGUUCAUUCCGAGUCCUUUGUCUCUGAUGAUUCAUCCUACGUGAUGUCUAUCUAUAACGAAGUUCUUGCUGAACAGCUAAGUGACGAAAACACACUGAGGCAUCGCAAGAUUGGUGGGGAUGUACUACGGUUUGAUAGCACAGAUGCCAUGCGUAGCCGUGGACCCCGGUCAAACUCUGCUGGUAUUAGUCGUGCUGUUGGUAGGGGCUGUGUGUCCUCACGUGGUGAAGCUGCUGGGAGAACAUGUGCACGCCGCUGUGGCACAGGUGGAAUCCCUGCACUCUCCCUGUCACCUUUUGCAUCUCCACCAGCCGGGAACACGCUGAUGAAGCGCCUUAGGCCCGGUAAACCAGUGACACAGCGGGUAAUUUUUACCAACCCAGAACGGGUGCUGGAUGCACCAAAUUUUCCAUUAGAUGCCACACAACUCCUUCAUUGGGGCAGUAAUAACAAACUUAUCAUUGGAUUAAAGAACUCCCUAUAUGGGUGGGACUCUGUGACGGCACAAGCUUCCUUAGUCGUUCAGUUACAGGAUAGUAUGCAUAUUCGUGCUGUGCACUGGUUGCAUAGAUGUGCAUGUAUAGCACUUGCACUGGAUGAUGGUGUGACCGCAAUUUAUGACUGCCGCAGUGAAGAAUUUCUGCGAACCGUGCGUGUACGGCUUCCACCGAAGGAAGAAAUUACCUUUCUUGCGCUGAAUGGACCACUCCUUUCCAUUGGUACUAGCACGUCAUGUGGCGGUAUUUACGUAUUUGAUCUUCGCGCCAAGCACGCACUGACCUCUGUAUACGAAGGCCAUACCAGCGCCAUCACAUCUCUGCAUUACUGUACCGAAGAACCCUUUUACUUAGCCUCCGGUUCUGCAGACGGCUCCGUACGCGUGUGGGAUGCGCGGCGCAAUAGCAGUCCUCGCUAUGCCUUUGAUCAUGUUCACAAUGGCUCUGUGAAUAGUAUUUUGUGGAACCCGGACAAACGCAGCAAGAUGUACACCGGCGGGCAGGAUGGAAUGCUUUGUUACGUGGACACACAUGCUCCCCUGACAAAUGUUCCGCCAGUUCUACGCAGUGACGAGGAAGGACCCACAACGGGCAGCCACUUUGUCACGCGAGCCAUCAACACUCUACACCCUAUCAGCGGCAUUGUGUCACCGCCUGGUAUCAACGAGUUGGCAACGUCCCACAGUGGGAAGGGGCAUAUCCAGAUACGUCAGGUCAAUAAUUUUCACCUCAUCGGUACACUAAACUCACCAAACUGCGAGGAAGAUAUUUUGUGCCCCACACUUGCCCCAGACAUGGAACGCAUUUGCGCCGCACAGGGGGAAACUCUAAAGUUUUGGCGCGUCUUUGCUCCGAGUAAGCAACAACCGCGAACAAAAAGCUCCACGCCACCGCCCGUCUCGCAGCUUGAAAAGGAACUUCGAUAG